GCUCGGUGGCAGCACCGCAGAAAGUUGUCUCCUCUCGCCAGAUACUCACGUGACCCAGGACCAUGAAGAUUGCAGUGAUCGGUCAAAGUCUGUUUGGCAGAGAAGUUUACAGGGAGUUGCUGAAAGAAGGACACCAGGUGGUUGGAGUAUUCACUAUCCCAGACAAAAAUGGCAAAGCAGAUCCUCUUGGUGCUGAUGCUGAGAAGGAUGGAAUACCUGUCUUCAAGUUCCCACGUUGGAGGGUAAAAGGGCAGGCCAUUCCGGAAGUAGUAGAAAAGUAUAAGGCACUGGAGGCCGAGCUCAACGUCCUUCCUUUCUGCUCCCAGUUCAUUCCAAUGGAAGUCAUUGACUGCCCAAAACAUGGCUCCAUCAUCUAUCAUCCCUCUAUCCUUCCCAGGCACAGGGGGGCCUCUGCAAUCAACUGGACACUAAUGCAAGGAGACAAGAUAGGGGGCUUUACCAUAUUCUGGGCUGACGAUGGGCUAGACACGGGGGACAUCUUGCUGCAGAGAGAGUGUGAGGUCCUCCCUGAUGAUACUGUGAACACAAUUUACAACAGAUUCCUCUUCCCUGAAGGAGUGAAAGGAAUGGUGGAAGCUGUUCGCCUCAUUGCAGAGGGUAAUGCCCCGAGGAUAAAACAGGCAACUGAAGGAGCCACGUAUGAUCCGAUGCAGAAGAAAGAGAAUGCAAAGAUUAACUGGGACCAGCCGGCAGAAGCCAUCCACAACUUUAUCAGAGGGAAUGAUAAGGUGCCUGGAGCUUGGACAGUAGUGGGUGAUCAGCAACUGACGUUCUUUGGUUCCUCGUUUAUAAGUAAUGGGCCGGCUCCUGAUGGACAACCGCUAGAGAUUCCUGGCGCUUUUAGGCCAGCUGUGGUCACCAAAACUGGGCUAGUGCUUUUUGGGAAUGAUGGCCAAAAGCUAUCAGUGAAGAAUAUCCAGUUUGAAGAUGGUAAGAUGAUUCCAGCAUCUCAGUAUUAUAAAACUGCCGACAGCGCUGCCCUGCAGCUAUCCGACGAGGAGAAGAAGUUUUCAGAAGAAAUCCGGGCGGCAUGGAAGCGGAUCCUCACCAAUGUCUCUGAAAUUGAAGACUCCACAGACUUUUUCAAGGCCGGAGCUGCUUCCAUGGAUGUAGUCAGGCUGGUGGAAGAGGUGAAGCUGAAAUGCAAUGGGCUGCAGCUGCAGAAUGAAGACGUCUAUAUGGCAACCAAGUUUGAGGAAUUCAUUCAGAUGGUGGUGAGGCGGCUGAGAGGAGAGGAUGGAGAAGAAGAACUGGUUGUAGAUUAUGUGGAGAAGGAAAUCAACAACAUGACUGUCAAAAUACCUCAUCAACUUUUCAUAAAUGGACAAUUUAUUGAUGCAGAAGGGGGGAAGACCUAUGAUACAGUCAACCCUACAGAUGGGACGGCAAUUUGCAAAGUAUCUUUGGCCCAGGUUUCUGAUAUAGACAGGGCAGUUGCUGCAGCCAAGGAAGCCUUUGAAAAUGGAGAAUGGGGAAAAAUGAAUCCAAGGGACAGAGGUCGCAUACUAUACAGACUGGCAGAUAUAAUGGAGGAACACCAAGAAGAGCUGGCUACCAUUGAAUCUAUAGACUCUGGCGCUGUCUAUACCUUGGCUUUAAAGACCCAUGUGGGCAUGUCUAUCCAGACCUUUAGAUACUUUGCAGGCUGGUGUGAUAAAAUACAGGGUAGUACCAUUCCAAUUAAUCAGGCUCGUCCAAACCGGAAUCUGACAUUUACCAGGAGAGAACCCAUUGGUGUCUGUGGGAUUGUGAUACCAUGGAACUACCCCUUGAUGAUGUUGGCAUGGAAAACAGCAGCUUGCCUUGCUGCGGGCAACACAGUGGUACUGAAACCUGCUCAGGUGACCCCACUGACUGCACUCAAGUUUGCUGAAUUGUCGGUUAAAGCUGGAAUUCCCAAAGGAGUCAUAAAUAUCCUGCCAGGAGCUGGUUCUCUGAUUGGCCAGCGUCUCUCCGACCACCCUGAUGUCAGGAAAAUUGGCUUCACUGGCUCCACACCCAUAGGAAAACAUAUCAUGAAAAGCUGUGCUGUGGGCAAUGUAAAGAAGGUAUCCCUGGAGCUGGGUGGGAAAUCUCCUCUCAUCAUCUUCCAAGAUUGUGAUCUAGACAAGGCUGUCCGUAUGGGGAUGAGCUCUGUGUUUUUCAAUAAGGGGGAGAACUGCAUUGCAGCUGGCAGACUUUUCCUAGAAGAAUCCAUCCAUGAUGAGUUUGUGAAGAGAGUGGUUGGAGAGGUGAAGAAAAUGAAGAUUGGGGACCCACUGGACAGAUCCACAGAUCAUGGACCACAGAACCAUAAAGCCCACCUGGAUAAACUGAUUGAGUACUGUCAGACAGGCGUGAAGGAGGGGGCCAAGCUGGUAUAUGGUGGGAAGCAGGUGGAGAGGCCAGGUUUUUUCUUUGAGCCAACCAUAUUUACGGAUGUUACAGAUGAGAUGUUUAUCGCAAAAGAGGAAUCAUUUGGCCCCAUAAUGAUCAUAUCCAAGUUUAAAGAUGGGGAUGUUGAUGAGGUUCUUAAGCGAGCCAAUAAUACAGAGUUCGGCCUUGCCUCGGGCGUAUUCACAAAGGAUAUAAGCAAAGCCCUGUAUGUCAGCGAGAAGCUUCAGGCUGGAACUGUGUUUGUAAAUACCUACAACAAAACCGAUGUAGCUGCGCCCUUCGGGGGCUUCAAACAAUCUGGAUUUGGGAAGGACUUGGGCGAGGAGGCGCUGAAUGAAUAUCUAAAGACGAAAGCUGUCACCAUUGAGUACUGAAGCCAUUUGCUGUCAAUCAUUCUAGUAAAGCAAUUCUUCCUGAAGAUGAGCCAGCACCAAUAAUCCCAGGAAUCAAUAAAGAUACUAGGAUCUCUCUGUAAUUAUAUUUACACUGCGAUAAUCUCCUUUGCAUUUAAACUGCUGAUCAGAGACAUUGAGGUCUUCCCAAGGGAAAGAUGGGUGCUAAGGAGGAUUCGUUUAUAGGUGUCUGUACCAGGUGCUGCCCCUUACAGCUUCCUGGCAUAUGUAUGUUAGGAAAACUGUCAAUCACAUGGGGGGGAAGUGGUACUGAGGUUGCAAGACAUAUCAAUCUUAUCAGUGAAGAUGCGUGAAAUAUACAGUUUUUUAUAUGUCCCUUAUAUAUUCAAAUCCUGCUUUCUGGCGGCUGCAGUUACCGCUGUAAAGCUGCUGUAAGGAAACUUUUUGUAAUGCUAUGGGAUACUUCCAUUUGUAAGGAGAUGAUUGCUGACACAAUGUAUAUAAAUAGGAAAAAAUGUCUAGAUUUUCAGAUGUCUCCUAGGUUUACCCUUAGCUAUACAGUGCUUUGGAAUACAGAGUGCUUUCUAAAUAAACAUGAUUAAUUGUUA